GACGCCACAGUCACAACGUGUCAGUAACACGGAAUAUAGCUUACCUGCGUAAAAAAUAAACAAAAAUAAAAUAAAAUAAAAUAAAAUAACGUUAUUUUCAUAGCACAUGUAACUAUCCAUAUUUGUGUUGCUAGGGGUACAUGUCCAGCUAAAAGUUUUUCCAAGAAGCCCCUUAUCGUUAACCCUUGCCUUUUUCCAAGUAUCAAUUGAAGUUAUCGAUUCACUUGAAGUCUCAGAUGGCGGGCUCUGCCUCUCUGCUCGCACCCUGUCUUAAGAGAGCCGGGGAGAAGGACGGACGACGUCGGUAGGAACUGGACAAUUGGCUUUUCUUCAACUACGAAAGGGGCGUCAAGGCCUUGUGCAUGCAGACCCUCAUCGCAGACGCAGCGAAGGGGGAGGAAAAAACAGGCUAAGGGUCCAGCUUCAUUUCCUCGGCGACGGUGAAGGGAAAGAGAAUAAACAGCAGUUGGACAGAGGCUCUGUUUAGCGAAGGCGGGUCUCGGAGAAAAGCCGGGAGAAAUCUUCCUCUAUAGAGUGUCAGCCGAAGGAACGACAGAGGAGGAGAGUGCACGGAGCAAGCGUUGAGCGAUGGCCGCCUUCGUUUUGAGAAGUGGGAGUAAGGAAGCUCCUCAGUGGUGCUUCCGGCCGAGGUUCUUGGGCUUCCUGACGCUGCUGCUCCUCGUCCUCGCCCACAGCACCUCCGCUGGCGUCGUCGGCAGGGAGAGGACCAACGACACCGACACACAGGAGGGCAGGUACGGCCAUAGCCUCAACGGCGACGAGGAAAAACACCACUACACAGACAAAUACGAUUAUGGCGACAUGCACCAUCAUGAUAACGCAAGUCUAGAUGAUAUCGUACCUGAGGCACAUACAAAUGAGAACAUUAUUCUCUGGAAAUUGUUAUGGAUGGCCUUCGUGGUCAUCUGCAUAGUGUGUUGCCAAGGAGCAAGACAAGCCUGCUCUAAAUACAAGGACGACGACGGUCCAAGGGAAGGGUCACGAGUCGUCCUCAUUCGCCGGCACAUUCUUGUUUCCGCAGAAGACCCUGCUGCGUCCCAAACCAGGUGCGAUCGCGAUUCAGGAGCCGCCACCAUCCCGUCUGCAGGCACAGAGCAUCCCGCAGAUGAUGCUCCUCCUGCUUAUUCCGAUAUAUGCCCGGAAGCCUCUCGGACGCCUCAGUGAGCACGAAAGCCAAUCAGGAAUGAAUCAAGUACGUCCUGGAAGCCUGGGAUGAUCAAAGACUUGCUGAACCUUUGAAGUUAUCAAGUUCCCAAUCAAUUUCUGACUUGUCAACGAGCGCUGGUGUCUAAGAAACUUCAGAUCUGUCAAAUAACAACAAAGAAAAAGAAGAAAAAACACAGGACAUUAAGCCAUAAACACAAGAUAUAAGAUUGGAAGCCUGGGAUGAUCAAAGACUUGCUGAACCUUUGAAGUUAUCAAGUUCCCAAUCAAUUUCUGACUUGUCAACGAGGGCUAGUGUCCAAGAAACUUCAGAUCUGUUAAAUAACAACAAAGAAAAAGAAAAAAAAAAAAACAUACACACAAGAUAUGAAAUUGGAAAAAAGCCUCGUCCAAGCAUUAUGAUUAUCUUAAUUGUGGAGUUUCUGUAAAAUAAGAAUGAAAACAAUGUUUAAUGAUUGGAUAGGAAAUGAUUCAAGUUUGUCAAUCUGAUUGACGGUCUUUCCUCUCUCUCUACUCUUCUAUCUCUUUCUACUCUCCUCUCUCUCUCUUCCCUCCUUUCUCUCUCUUCUCUCCGCUCUCUCUCUUCUCUUUUCUCUCUCUAUCAGUGCAAGUGCAUUUUUCUUUCACUAUUUUUUGGUCUGUUUUUAAAUAUAUGAUUUAGGUGCAUUUGUACGGGCGCAAACAUUUUUCUUUGUUAUCAUUAUCGUAAUUAUGAUAAAAACAGUAGUAAAGAUAAUAAUAAUUAUCAAUAUUGCUAUUGGCUUUACUAUUGUUAUCAUAAAAAUAAUGAACAUUUUCAGUGUUGCUGUUAUUAUCAUUAUUAUUCCCUUUAUUAUCACUGUCAUUAUGAUUACUAUUGUUAUCCUGAUUACUAAUACUACCAUUAUUAGUACCUGUACGUUUACCACUAUAUGCUACUUUAAUUACGAUCGUUAUUAGCGUUUUCUUUGUUGUAUUUCUUUUUAUCCGUUUUACUACUUAUUCAUCUUCCAGUGAUUUACCAAUGGAACAAAGGUCAAAAGGAAUAGAAAGUUA